AUGCAGCUACGGCAAGUUACUAAACAAAUUAGCAGGUGGCAACGUGGUGUAUUCACCACCGUAACACGAACUCCAAGUAAUGAAAAUGGUGUGGAAUCUCUUCCCAAAAUUCCACACUUUAGUCACACUCCAGCUCCCUACAAUGGCCCUUUAGCAUCCGAUCUCUCAAAAAGAAGAAAACAAUAUCUCCCCACUAUCGUUGGCACAUAUUACACUCACCCAUUAAAUCUGGUGGAGGGUAAAAUGCAAUAUGUGUAUGAUGAAAAUGGUAGAAGAUACCUUGAUGCAUUUGGUGGAAUUGCUACUGUUUUGUGUGGUCAUUGUCACCCUGAUGUUGUUGAAGCAAUUGUUAAUCAGACUAGGCUUUUGCAGCAUACUACUGUUCUUUAUUUGAAUCAUGCUGUUGUUGAUUUUGCUGAGGCACUUGCUGCUAAAAUGCCUGGAGAACUUAAGGUUGUUUUCUUCACAAAUUCUGGGACAGAAGCCAAUGAGCUGGCUUUGAUGAUGGCAAGGCUGUACACUGGCUACCAUGAUGUAAUUUCCAUAAGAAAUGGUUACCAUGGAAAUGCAACCUCAACAAUGGGUACCACUGCUCAGUUUUUUCAUAAGUUUAAUGUUGUACAGACUGGAAUUCACCAUGUCCUUAACCCCGAUCCGUACAGAGGAGUUUUCGGUUUGGAUGGAGCAAAAUAUGCAAAUGAUGUUCAAGAUAUUAUUAAUUAUGGAACUUGUGGUCAUGUAGCUGGCUUUGUUGCUGAGGCCAUUCAGGGAGUGGGUGGAGUGAUAGAAUUGGCACCAGGUUACUUGCCUGCAGUUUAUAGUAUCAUCAAAAAAGCAGGAGGACUCUUUAUAGCUGACGAGGUUCAGUCAGGCUUUGGUCGAACUGGUAGUCAUUUUUGGGGUUUUGAGGCGCACGGAAUUAUCCCUGACAUUGUUACAAUGGCAAAGGGAAUUGGAAACGGCGCGCCUAUUGGUGCAGUGGUAACAACUCGUGAGAUUGCAAAAGUUCUGAAAUAUGCAUACUAUUUUAGCACGUUUGGAGGAAAUCCUGUUUGUACUGCUGCUGGAUUAGCUGUUCUCAAUGUAAUUGAGAAGGAUGAACUUCAGCAAAAUGCACAUGUUGUUGGAUCAUAUUUAAAGGACCGUCUUAACUCGCUAAAGGAAAAGCAUGAGAUAAUUGGAGAUGUAAGGGGAAGGGGAAUGUUGCUAGGAGUUGAACUAGUGAAAGAUCGGAAGCUGAAGAUUCCUGCAAAAGAUGAAAAUCUGCAUAUCCUAGAACAAAUGAAAGAUAUGGGAGUACUAGUUGGGAAAGGUGGCUUUUAUGGAAAUGUUUUAAGGAUUACACCUCCACUUUGCUUCACUAAGGAAGAUGCAGAUUUUCUAGUAGAAGUGAUGGACUACACAAUGUCAAAGAUGUGA